GCAGCAUCGACACCAGAAGCAUCAGCCGCAACACCAACUCGAUGUUUCAUCUCGUACGUGCUGAUUAAAAGCGUUGAUGAGGCCGACCGAACCGUCGAGAUCCCCAAGUUUGGAACAACAUGUCUCCCAAGAAUCACAAUAACCACACAGCCAAACGAGCGGUCAUAAGAGCUUGCGAUCAAUGCCAUAGAAGACGAGUCAAGUGCGAUGGAAGUCCAGAGUGCGCAAGAUGCCGGCGUACACGCACAGAGUGUACUUACCUGAACCCUGUCAGACCCAAAGGACCCACGCCAAGAUACAAGACGAACAAGAAACCCACGUCUCCCGGGUCACUUAAGAGGAAAGGCAAGGACAGAGAAAACGACGAAGACGAGGACGAGGAUUACAUCAACGAGAACGCCGAUUCUGGGACACACGUCUCUGGCUGGAGUCCUUUGAACACAGAGACACCUCGAGCAUCUUCGUCCACCUUACUGGGACGAAGUUUCAGAAAUCUGGACGAUCAGGAGAUGAGCUUCCUACCGGGUCAAUCUAUCGGUGAUACGCUUUCUGCUCGGCCCGGUGCAAUGCAGCUGGGGAACGGAUCAGGAACCUUGGCUAUGCCCUUGAGCGAAGAGAGAGCCAUGGACGCGUCUCGCCUUCAGCAGACGCCAGGAGAUACCGCGACACCUGCUCAUCUUGCGAGUUAUUACAUCUCGCAGGCCUGGUUGGACGAUGCUUGGUUGUCGCAAUUGCUGCCAACACAAUCUCAGCCUGUGGCAGGAGCCGGGCGGGGGGAGAAUCAGGCUGGUAACGGAGGAAUAGGCGGUCAACCUGAUAACAACAAUCAAUAUGACGGCGCAGGAGCUGGCGGGAACAUGUUUCUGGACUCGACAUCGGCCGCCUUUACACUCGAUCCGAGGCAGGUGACCUGUGCACCCAUCGUGGAUUCGAGAUGGGAAGCCGGGCAGAUGUUCUCUUUGCCCUCAGGAUCCCCGGCAAUCCACGAUCAGGAUGUGCAACAACCUGGCUCUUCCAUGAACCCCACGCUGGGCGCCAUCUCCUCGGACCCGCUGUACAACCAGAGGUCUUUCGACCCCUUGCCAGGUCCUGUGGACGUCUCCUUUCUGCGUACCGCUCGCGAUCCCCAACCGACGACAUUUGGACCUUCCCCGAUCGUCCGACUCGCCAUCGACAGCCUCAUCUUGCCUCAACUCGCUCUCUUCUUUAAACGGAUCCAUCCGAUGAUCCCCGUCUUCUCCCCGGCUUAUUUAUACGAAAAGAUCGCCAUCCAGACUCAUCACACCGACCCGGACUUUUGCGCCAUGCUCUUAGCCCUGACGAGCCUUACCCUCAUUCAUCCUCUCGCACCGGAAGAAAGGGCGGGAAAGGACGGUCGGCGGGAACACGCCAAGAUGUUGCUAGCUGAAGGUUGUAGGCUGAGGGACGCCUGGGAUUUCGGAUCAAGGAGCCACUUCACGGCGGCGAUGACGAGCUAUUUCAUGUUCGGGGCUCUGUUCGAGCUGGGACAGGCCGAGGCGGCGAGGAUGAGGUUGAGGGAGGCUUUGUCUUUGGGAGAAAUCAUGGGUCUGCACAAGAAGGAAGGGUAUGAUCUGAACGACCCGCUCGAGGCGCAGAGGAGGUUGAGACUGUUUUGGGUCUUGACCGUGACGGAAAGGGCCUAUGCUAUACAGCGUGGCGGUAGUAUCGUCUUUCCCGGUCAAAUCUUUGACUCGUUACAAGUAAUACACCCCGAGGUGGCUGGACUCCUACAAUCGACAAGCGCGAUUCCUCCGCGACGAGAAGCGCUUCAACACUUGGCUCGCAUAUUCACCUUCAUCGACGGCGACAUUGUCCUCUGCUGGAACGGUCAAUGUGGGACCGACUGCAAGCGGUUGACAGCGAAUAGAGCCCGACAAAUUUUGUCGGGCCUGUCCGGCGAUACUCAUCAAGUAUUCGGGCAAACGGAAGAGGAAAUCACGGAUACGUUGACGGAGAGCCAGAAGGUUGACCUGUUCAUCACCUGGCAAUGGUUGAGGAACCGAAUCUGGCGCCUCGCCUAUACUCACGGACUUGUCGACACCUCGAAUGGCCAGCAAGAUCACCUCUCAAUCGCGCUUCCCUUCCAGAUUUGCCAGAUGGCAUCCAUGUGGGUGGAAACAUUCUCUUGGGAUGCUAUGGAUCAGCACGGCAUAGGGUUCGUGGAAAAGAUAUGUGAUAUCACCAGCGUGUUGCCCCGGCUUCUGGUACCGGCCACCGUCGAUGUUGUCCGUCGAGGCAUGGGCGGAGACGUCCCGGACGUUUUGAGGAUGAUUCGAAGGAUGUGUUUUGUUGCGCGGAAUCACUGUCGUUCGAAUCUCGCUACUGUAGACUCGAUCCUCGCGGAACUAGCCACCGCGAGCAAGAUGUUCGUAACAUGAGAAGAUGUCGAAUGAGACCGGGAGCGCUUCGUGUGCCAUUUUCGGG